CAUUAGGGCAAACCUUUUGCAUGGCCCGGUGUCCUGGUUGGGCGGAGUUUGUAGAUAUUAGACCAUUCCAUUGGUCUUUAAGCUAAAUCUCCACUCAUCCAGGAGACCGGGAUGAGUCAAAACGAAGUCGACCAUUGCUUAGCUCCUGUCAACAAUCACAGUCAGCAGACGAAACUACAGCAGAGCAGAUAGAGAUCAUAGUGACGCCGCUUUCGUUUCGACAGUCUGUAAUCGAGAAAUGUCGAGAAGGUGCAUACAUAGUCACUAAAGUGGUCGGACCUACUGUCGCGGUGUGGGACUUGUGCGGCAAACCGCCAUGAUCAUAGCGCAUAAAAUAUUGGAAUGAUGCCGCGACGCACCAAUAAACUUUGAUAUGGAGAAUGAAGCGAUUUGGCAGUCAAUUUUGUCUGUCGAGAAUCAGUCCGUUAUCGUGUUUGAUUUAACUUUUGACUUUUCAAGACACUUUUAUUACUUUGGCUGUUUUUGCUGUUAACACAACUACUGGACUGGACACUGUCAUGCGCUCUAUGUCUCUCUUGUGACAUCGAGUUUCAGCGUUUUUUCUAGGCUAUUUAUGGUUUAUUUGAAUAGUGACAUGAUAUAAACACUGAUAUAUCGAUUAAACAUCUAUCUGAAGCUUUGCACAUUGUGUAGGACCAUUUUCAACACCUGUCCCUGAUGGGCUUCAUGAGAGUGAAGAGCACUUUCCAGGACUGUUCUGUUUUAUAGACCUUAUAGGACUUCAUAUCUUGGGGAAGUUAGAAUAGGACAGGAGCCACCAUGGGUGUCUGGCAGAGUAGCCCCGUGGCUGAGAGUCGAAUCCGGGCGUAUUCUAGCCCUGUUGAACCCUCUGGAAGCAGCACUACCCCAGGGUUCAGAUACACAGCCAGUCCUGGCGGCCCCAGAAUUCCCUACACCGGAGGGACCCGACCCAGCUCCUACCACCAGUCAGGGAUGAGUAUACCACAUGGUGGCCAGAGCAGCAGUCUGGACCAGGAGGAGACAGAUGGGGAGAGAGGAGGAGAACACCAGAUGAUGAUUGGCUCUCUACCACUUCACCUGUCCCCUCACCUACUGGGAGGCUUUCUCUGUCCUGUGUGCAGUAAGUUUGUGGCGUCAGAUGUAAUGGAGAUGCAUCUGAUCAUGUGUCUCACCAAAUUACGACUCCGCCACAACGAGGAUGUUCUGAUGAAAGAUAGUGGGGAGUGUGCCAUCUGUCUAGACGAGAUGGAGCAGGGACACACCAUCUCUAGACUCCCCUGUCUCUGUAUAUACCACAAAUGGUGUAUAGACGAGUGGUUUGAGGUGAAUCGUUCGUGUCCAGAGCACCCCUUGGACUAAGGGCUCAGAUUCCCACAGAAUAUCUACCAUCUAUCUACUUCAUCCACAUCGUCAUGACAUGCUGGCCUAUGAAUCUACUUCAUCUAGAUCUAUGUCUGACCUGCUGGUCUGUGAAUCUACUUUACCUAUCAACGUCUGACCAGUGACACGAGCCUGUGAAGUUUAGCAGUGCUGGAAAUUGCCAGGAACCUCACGAUACGAUAUUAUCAUGAAACUUACUUAAAAAACAAAGUUUAGUCAUUUAGCACAGUGGUUCCCAGGGUGAGCGCGGGGGUCUCAGUCCAGCUUUAAACCUACUCUUGAAAGUUGUAAUAGUAUAAUGCACAAGGUGCAAUUUAGAAAUUGGCCAGUG